UACGGGAUGAAAUUAUUAUUCUAUCUGUUAGUAUUUACACCGACAAUGGCUUUUAAAUGUUAUCAGUGCAAUAGUGGAAUAAACGAGAAAGGCUGGGAACCAUGUGUGGAUAAAGAAAUAAAAUGUCCCGAAGGUACAGAAAGUUGCUCGGUGAUGAUGUAUGUAUCAGCAAAAGAUCAAGAAAUUUAUAUGAGAAAGUUUUGCACCAGUCCAGGUACACCUAUGGUACGCUACCUUCGAAUAAUGCCUCGAGGUGGUAAAUGUCAAAGUAUUUUUAUGGUAUCUUUUAAUCUUAUUUACUUGAAUAUUUUUAUGGUUGUUAUACGACGUCGAGAAGCAUUACCACCAGCACCACCUUCAUAUUAUGUGAGGGGAUUAUUCUGA